GCCAGCACCCUGCCCCCCCCCCGGCUCGAUCUGCAAGGCUCAGCCCCUUAUUAAUGAUCCACCCACAGCUGGCUGUGCCGUGCUGGUGGCAGCAGUGGGGCCGGGGGGCCCGGUGCCCCGCCCUGAGUCCCGGCAGCCCUACAGGCACGACGCAGCCAUGGCGGUGGUGUCGGUGAACUGGAGGGCCGUCACCUCCUGGGUGGGCAUCGCACGGCUUUUCGCCGUCCUGCUGUCCUGCCUCUCCUUCAGCCUGGUGGCCUCCACCGGUUACUUCAGCGGGCCCUACGGGACGUGGUGCAUGUUCACCUGGUGCUUCUGCUUUGCCGUCACGCUGUUGGUGCUGCUGCUGGAGCUGCUGGAGCUGCCCCCCAAGCUGCCCGUCUCCUGGGACGACCUGACGGCUGCCUUCGCCAUGCUGGCAGCCCUGAUGGUGUUCACCAGCUCCGUGGUGUUCCCGUCCGCCUUCAUCUCCAGCCCCUGUACGGGUGCCCGCUGCGCACGCCAGGCGGCUGCCACCGCCAUGUCCUGCCUUUGCUUCCUGGCCUACGCCCUCGAGGUGGGGCUCACCCGCGCCCGCCCGGGGGACAUCAGCAGUUUCCUCUCCACCGUGCCCGGCUUGCUGAAGGUGUUCGAGGCUUACGUCGCCUGCCUCAUCUUCUCCCUGCUGGAUUCCUACAGCUCCUACGCCGGCUUGCAGUGGUGUGUGGCCGUCUACUCCAUCUGCUUCAUCAUCACGCUCCUCAUCAUCCUCUUAACCAUCGGCCGCUGCCUCAGCUACAUGCCCUGCCCGCUGGAGAAGGUGCUGGUGGCCUACAAUGCUCUGGCCAUGCUGAUGUACCUCACUGCUGUCAUCAUAUGGCCGCUGUACAGCUUCAACGGCCGCAGCCGGCCCGAUCCCUGCAGUACGAACUGCUGGUGGAACAAGAGCCUUGGCGUCACCUUCCUUACCAUCUUCAACUUCCUCGCCUAUCUCGUGGACCUCGUCUACUCCACCAGGAUGGUCUUCAUCAGGGCCCCUUCCUAAGGGAUGGGGGGUUGUGGGAUGCAGUGCCGUGUGGGGCCAGGGAAUGUAGAGCUGAGGAAGAGGCCGAUGCCUCGGAAAGCUCCAUCCCACCAGCCGUAUGGGGUGCUGGGUGCU